GUUCGAGGCCCGCUUGAAGGGGGAUUCUCCGGCCGAGGGGCGUGUCGGAGAGCGGGUGGCUGCGAUCGAGGGGUCGGGCGCUGGGUCGUCGGGCGCGGCGACCGCGGGCUUGCCGACCAAGACGUCCGCGCCGAUCUCGAUGGCGGUGGAGCUGGCCAUCAAGCGGAUGCGGUUCGAGGCCCAGCUGCCGCAGCAGGUUUUCAUGGAGCAGUUGGAGGAGUAUCAGGAGAUCCCCGCCGAGGAGUGGAACAGUCGCAUGCCCGAGGGGCAUCGGCAGCGGAUCUCCGGGGAGGUGCUGUCGGAGAUCUACUCCUCUGGGAAGACGGCGGAUG